UCACUCCAGUUCUCUCUCUCUCUCUCCCCCUCUCCUCUACUCCCUGUAGAAACAACUCCUCUCACUCUGUCACUCAGACCUACCAUUACCAAUCAUACCAAAAAAUGAGGGAAGAAGAGAUAGAGAAGCUGAGAGAUGUGGUUAGGGAUUGCGUGAGCAAGCACCUCUACUCGUCGGCGAUCUUUUUCGCUGAUAAAGUCGCCGCACUCACAUCGGACCCCGCCGACAUCUACAUGCAGGCCCAGGCGUUGUUCCUCGGCCGCCACUACCGCCGCGCCUUCCACCUCCUCAACGCCUCCCAGAUCGUCCUCCGCGAUCUCCGCUUCCGCUACCUCGCCGCUAAGUGUCUGGAGGAAUUGAAGGAGUGGGAUCAGUGUCUAUUAAUGCUUGGUGAUGCUAAAGUUGAUGAACAUGGGAAUGUUAAUAUCACGAAGGAUGGUAAUGUCAUGUACUUGGACAAAGAUGGAGAAGAUCAUGAAAUCAAUAUUAUGUCAGCAACGUGCUUUUUAAGAGGCAAGGCAUAUGAAGCUUUGGAAAAUCGUGCCCAGGCUCGGCAAUGGUACAAAGCUGCUAUCAAAGCUGAUCCUUUAUGUUAUGAGGCACUGGAACGUCUUAUUGAGAAUCAUAUGCUUACAUGUGAAGAAGAGACGAGUCUACUUUCAUCAUUGCAAUUUGCUCCUGAAGAUGGCUGGAUCUCAUCAUUCUAUUCAUGCUUGAUAAAGAAGUAUGACAAGGAAAAUGUUGUAGAAGCCAAAUUCAGAGAACUAGAACAAGAGGGUUGUAAUGUUAAACCUUCAGAGAAGUCCUUGAUGUGUACACUAAAAAACAACACCGAUCUUUUGGCCUGCAAAGCUGAAUACUACCAUCAGUGUGGUGAAUAUCAAAAAUGUUUUGAAUUAACUUCCAUAUUACUUGAAAAGGAUCCUUUCCAUCUGAAAUGUACACUUGUGCAUUUAGCAGCUGCUAUGGAGCUUGGACAUUCAAAUGAACUCUAUCUUAUGGCUUGCAACUUGGUGAAAGAUUAUCCUCAAAAGGCUUUGUCUUGGUUUGCAGUUGGUUGCUACUACUAUUGUAUCAAGAAGUAUGAUCAAUCACGCCGUUAUUUCAGCAAGGCUACAAAUCUAGAUGGAACAUUUCUGCCAGCUUGGAUAGGUUAUGGGAAUGCUUAUGCAGCUCAAGAAGAGGGCGACCAAGCAAUGUCAGCUUAUCGCACUGCUGCUCGUUUGUUUCCUGGGUGCCAUUUACCAACUCUGUACAUUGGCAUGGAAUACAUGCGAACACACAGCUUCAAACUUGCUGAGCAGUUUUUCAUGCAGGCAAAGACAAUAUGUCCCUCAGAUCCACUUGUAUAUAAUGAACUCGGAGUUGUUGCUUAUCAUAUGAAGGAGUAUAAAAAAGCUGUGUGGUGGUUUGAGAAGACUUUGGCUCACAUUCCAUCUUUGAGUGGAAUGUGGGAACCAACUGUGAUUAAUCUGGCCCAUGCGUUAAGAAAACUAAAGAGGUACCGUGAGGCGAUUACAUACUAUGAGAGAGCACUUGCACUAUCAACCAGAAGUUUGAGCACUUAUGCUGGUCUUGCUUACACUUACCAUUUGCAGGAUAAUUUUACCACAGCAAUUACAUACUAUCACAAGGCUUUAUGGCUGAAACCAGAUGAUCAGUUCUGCACGGAAAUGUUAACUUCAGCUCUUGCAGAUGAAUGCCGCCAUGGUAUAGAUCCCAAAACUGAAUCUCUCCGAAAUGAUGUAUUUGUUUAGUGAGAAAGCAGGCAAGAGAAUUACAGCUCAUCAUGUAUUUUUUUGUGGCCAAUGUUUGUAGUUUCAGAAAUAGACUAAAAUAAUGUGCUAGGUAUCUUUAUUUAUUGUAUCACAGUAGAAGAGAUAUUAUAUUAGGCAUCAACUCUUUUGUGUAUUUGUGACUUAAGGGCAUCAAUUGAGGCCGUUGUAGCUUGUAUAUUUCGGAACUGAAUUGGCCUUCAUUAUUAUUGAUUUAUUGAAUCAGCCUGACCUUGCAAUUUAAAACUCA